AUGGAGCCCUCAACGCCCUCCCGUCCGCCCAAGGACAUCGAAACGGCCUACACCAGGCCACUGGAGCCGGAGUCACCGGCCAAUUUUGUCGCUGGAAAGGCUGGCAAGAGGCAGAGGAAGACUGUCACAAUGCCUCCCCCAGUCCUCAAAGGAGCCAGCGACAGCAUCCCCACGGCCACCUCUCGACUGCAGAAGCAGUUUGAGGAGGCUCAGCAGCAACAGAACCUGCAGCAGAAGGCUCUCAUCAGAUUGGCAAAGACUCUGGACAGCUGGGUUGAGGAGGAGAAGCAGUCAGUCAGUCAGAACUUUGCCCGAAUCUUCUGUGAGAGGUUUGUCAA